GUUUUUGUGGGAAACUUUUGUCGAAGACUCUGCUCUAACAUGUCUGGAAGAAAGGAAACUGUGUUGGAUUUGGCCAAGUUUGUGGAUAAGGGUGUACAAGUUAAGCUUACCGGUGGUAGACAAGUCACUGGAACUCUUAAGGGCUACGAUCAAUUGCUUAACCUUGUUCUUGAUGAGGCAGUUGAAUUUGUUCGAGAUCAUGAUGAUCCUUUGAAGACGACCGACCAGACUAGACGCCUCGGCUUGAUUGUUUGCCGUGGAACAGCGGUGAUGCUCGUCUCACCAACGGAUGGAACUGAAGAAAUUGCGAACCCUUUCGUUCAACCAGAAGCUAUGAAGUCGGUGACGACAAAGCUCAAACUCCUUAGACCAGUCCUUACGUUGCGAUGUUCUUACAGCUCCACCGAUCAAACCCAACUUCUUACUGAAUUCACCAGAUUCUGUUACCAGAGAGACCUUCCCAGAGCUCUUAGAGCAAUGGAUUCUCUGCAAAGUCAUAGUCUUUGGGCGGAUUCCGAGACUUACUCUGAGCUCAUCAAGUGUUGUUUGUCUCAGAGAGCUGUUCAUGAAGGGAAUCAAGUUUGUCGUGUGAGACCCAAUGUGUAUACUUACUCCUCUGUGUUAAGAUCCUGCAACGGGUUGUCUGAUGUUAGAAUGGUUCACUGUGGGAUUAUCAAGGAAGGGUUGGACUCUGACGUUUACGUCAGGAGUGCUUUGAUUGAUGUGUUUGCUAAACUU